AUGCAGGUCAACACGUUCCAGUGUGUGGUAGCCACUGACGGAGAUAUGACUUUUACAAUCUUCCUCUACGAUCAACUGGAGUGGAGCCAGGGUCAAAAUUCUUCUGUCGCUCGUGUUGGAUUUUACUCAGGAACAGAGAAAGACCCCUGGAAGAUGCCCUGUUCAGGGACUCAGAACAUAACAUCACUGGUCAACUCUAGUAAUAUUGGAGAGAACGGCAUCUGGUUGUUCAGGGUUGAUCAAGACACCAUUGAACCAGCAUGUACAGACAAGGAAACCUGUGAGGAGGACAUGCUGUGCUCCUGCCUGACAACAAACAAAGAGUCAUGUCUCUGCGAUAGCACAAUCAGAGAUGGCGAAGAGUUGACUUGUAGUAGUGCUGAAGUUGAGCCUUCAACACGAGAGACACCAUCAAUAGGGCCUGCAGAACGGGAAUCAGAUGACUGCAAGAGUGCCACGGUACCUAUUCUUGCUACGCUUUUGGGUAUUGCCUUUGUGAUAGCUCUGAUAUGUAUGAUCAUAAUAAUCAUGCUGAGCUGGAGGCUCAAGGUAGAAAGGAAAAAAAGCUAACAACUACUUGAACGGCGGGGCAAAGCCACUGACAAACAGAACACAGCAGAACUGUAAUGGCGAAUUAUCCCAACAGGGAGUAGGAUGUGGUGUAGAAUAAUAGUCCAUGUUGCCACUGCAGUUUUAUAAACAUGCUCAAAUCCACAGUACAAACAGUUAUUAGUACACACAAUAAUGUACACAUACUUGUUUACAAAACAA